AUGUCCGAACCAUGGCUUUACCCGAGUUUACUCUGCAUAUAUACGGAUUUUUUCAGCAGCCACAGACCACUGGAAGCUUUCCUAAUGCCGUUUUUUGAUGGGCCUGAUAAAAACCUGACAGAGACAGAGGUUGUGAGCGAGGUCUACCCAUUAUGGACAUAUUCCUACCUUGCCCUGCUCUUUCCUGUUUUCUUGGCCACAGAUUAUCUUCGCUACAAACCUGUAAUCAUUCUCCAGGCGGCCAGCUACAUAGUGACAUAUGCAUUGCUUGUGAAGGCCCAGGGUCUGCAGGCCAUGCAGGUAGUGGAGGUCUUCUUUGGUCUGGCAACUGCCACUGAAAUUGCUUACUAUUCCUACAUAUACAGUGUCGUGGAGCCGUCUCAUUAUCAGAUGGUGACUGGAUUUUGUCGCAGCGUGACUCUUUUGGGCUCAGCCAUGGGCUCUCUUCUGGGACAGAUUCUGUUCUCUGUAGCAGAUAUUGCUCUGUUUUACCUGUGUGUCAUCACACUUGUGUCUUUCUGCAUCGCGUUUGUUGCCCCUUGGUUCUUACCGAUGCCCAGUAAGAGCCUUUUUUUUCACCAAAGAGAGAGCAGCUCUCAGGAUGAAGCAGUUCUGGAAACCGUAAACAGGAGUCCACUGAUUGAGAAGCCAGAGGAUCCUUAUUCCAACAAGCAGUUUAAUGCACAUGAGAAAACGACUCUGAAGAAUAAUACCAGCAGUAAUGGAUUACUGGAAGUGUUAAAAAUGCUGUGGGCAGACUUCCUGCAGUGCUACUCCUCCUCCACCCUACUGGCCUGGUCUGUGUGGUGGGCUUUGUCCACUUGUGGUUACCUCCAAGUGAUUAACUAUGCUCAAGCACUUUGGGAGGAUAUAUUGACUUCCAAAAAUUUCGACGUCUACAAUGGAUACGUGGAGACCAUUUCUACGUUGCUUGGUGCUUUUGCGGCGUUUGUUGUCGGCUAUGUGAAAGUGUCCUGGGCAGUGUGGGGAGAACUCGCUCUCUGCAUUUUCACUGUGGUAAUUGCAGUGUGUGUGUACCUCAUGUAUGCUGUCAGAAAUAUCUGGGUUUGCUACACCUCCUAUAUAAUCUUCAGGGCUGUCUACAUGCUUCUCAUCACCAUAGCAACGUAUCAGAUUGCUGCUAACCUAAGCAUGAAACGAUAUGCUUUGGUUUUCGGGGUAAACACUUUCAUUGCGCUCUCGCUGCAGAUGCUUCUCACAGUGAUUGUAGUAGAUUCUGCAGGUCUAGGCCUGGACAUUUCCAUACAGUUUUUGAUCUAUGCCAGUUACUUUGCGGCAGUAGCAGUGAUAUUCUUUUUUGCUGGGCUGUAUAAACUGUUCAGAAGCAGGACGUCUGGAGGACAGAAUGAAUCGUCUUCAGCAGAGGCUUGAAAUGACCCGCAUCAGCAUCUGUUAAGCACAAGUUUCUAAAGUUAUACUCUGUUUAACUGAAUAAGUAGGUCAAAAUAAUAGAAAAGCCAACUUUGCCAAAUCUGUUUGAUCAAUCCAACUUUAAAGGUUUUAUUAGCACUGAUGAUUAUGAUUGUGACUGAACAUUGUAAGUGGCUGCUGUGGUUCGCUGAUUAUGUAGGAUGAAAUGUAUUUAUGUAAAUGACACUAUUAUGAUGCCUUACUGAAAGGCUGUUACUUGAAGCUAAGAAACUAUAGGUAAAAAUAAUCUUUUUGAUUUAUGGGGUCAUGAAAUGCCAUUUCCUGCGUUUUAUGUUUCACAAGGUUAGUUUAAAACAUUUUUCUGCGUAAAAUUGUUUAAUAUUUCGCCACCUUUUAAUUUAUAUGGUUCUUUCUGCAUUCAAAAAAAGAUCACGAUCUCGAUUCAACCCUACACACGAUCUUAAUUCAGCUUUUCUACGAUUCAGCCAAUUAUAUUUACAAGGUUCACAGCAUCUUCACAGCAACAUGGACACCUUCACAUGGCUUUAAAAGUGUGACAUACUGUAUUUAUAAGGUAUAAAUUCCCCAAAAAUGUCAUUUCUGUCUUCAUAUAAUGAUGUACUCGCGGCUUCGAAAUCACACGUGAGGUGAGCGCAAGCUGUUUGUUUACUACUGAGAAUGCACGUCAAUGACACCUACUUUAGUAUACAGAACCUGCAUAGACUGUGAAUAACAGGUAAUAAAGUUGUAAAUAAAGUUCAGUUUGUUGCACAGAGCGAUUGUUUGAGGGCCGUGCGGGAGGUUUGAUUUUCAUGUAUGUGUUUUUUUUCUCUCAGUGUAGGCAGCCAUGAGCCGCACUCAGCAGUGAAAGUGAAGCCUUCGCGUGCAUCAUUUAAAUGAUCAUAUUGCAUUUUACAGUUAUGAUUACGACAAGCAUUAGUAAUGUUUUUUCUUUCAUAGCUAACACAUAGUGUUAUGCAUGAAAAUAAAGGUUUACUGUGUCAGUAUAGCUACUCUAGCCUAUAUAUGAUGUUCAAUAUAAUGCAAGAAGUAAUCUACCCUACUGAAAAAAACAGCUUAAACCAGCCUAGGCCUGGUUUUAGCUGGUCAUCUCCCAGCCUGACCAGCUAGGACCUGGCUGGGAAAUGGCUAGAAACCAGCCUGGAAAUGGCCAAAACCACUCUAAAUCCAGGCUGGUCAACCAGCAAAAACCAGCCAACCAGCCUAGGCUGGUUUAAGCUGGAUUUUCCACAGGGUGAUAAUGACAAAUGAAAACAAAUGGUCUAAUAAUGUCAAUGACAUAUGACAAGCAUGUCUUAAACAUAAUAAUUAAACUUUAUAAUUAUGAAUCGUUAUAUUCUGAUGGCAUCAUUUUACUUUGAAUUAACAAACAGAACAUAUUGAAAGUCUGUUCAUGUCCACCAUAAUGUCUAUACAAAAUGUUGCAUUUUAAGCAACAGUAGAGCUACACAAAGGCCUAAUAUUAUAGUUGUUUUACCAUAUUUUUGAGAAUUACCAACAAUAAUAAUAAAAGCCUUCUCGUAUUAACCUUUAUUUUACAUCCACAGAAUCGUGAGAAAAUCGUGAUCUUGAUUUUAAGCAAAAAAAUUUGUGAUUCCCAUUUUUUCCAGUAUCGUGCAGCCCUACUGAGCUCUGAAGUGUUUGUUGUGCAUAGCAUAAAUGAUAUAGGGAACAAGUCUAUUUCAUCAUGUCAGGGACCCUAAAUCAAUUCUACAGCAUCAAAAUCCUUUUCAAUUUAUAAAUCUGGAUUUUUUUGGAGCAGGUCAAAUGUUAAUGUUAAUGUUAAAUUUUAAUGUCAAAUGGUAAUGGAACAUUCUAAUCCAAAAUCGAAUGCAACGAUUCAAUUGAACUUAUUUAUUUCAUAUUUUGGAAAUAAAUGUUGUUCAAGUUAAAUAUUUGUCCAAUGCAGAAGUUAAUUAUAGGUGACAAUAUGGGGUGGAUAAUUAAACUUUCCUUUUCCUUUAGACAGGAAGCAGGUAGUGCUUCUGUAAUUUGUCUCUAGAGAUGAAUACGGGUGAAAUAAAAACAUUUAUUGUAAUUAAGAUCUAACAUUAAUACAAUGAAAGUUAUGGUGCAAUCUGCUAGAAAACAGACAAUUCUUCAGCAUGCUUUGCUUUACAUUAAAAAUAUUUCAGUUAUUUCAUCUGCAUAACAACAGUUUAUAAAAUAGAUUGUUUUGUUCUAUUGUAAAAUAAAGGGAAUCGGUUUUUCUAAAGCAUGGGUGGUUUAGGAGUUCUGCAUCAAUAUCUACAUCAAUAUGCUGCGUUUUUGGUUGAUACGUAAAAUGGCAUUCUGUUAGCUUUGUUAACAGCACUAGCUAUCAUAUUUUAAAUGAGGGCAUUUAUAUUACAUCUUGGUCACUGAGAUUAUCCCGAUUGGUCUUCUUUUUUGUAUUCAAAGUGCUAAUUGGCUCACAAAUAAAAUAGAGACACACACAGAAGUAUUUUGGUAGGACUUCAGAUUUUACAUUUUAAAUUUGUAAAUAAAAAGUCUCAAUUUACACUAGUUAAAAAAAGAAACAUUGCAUCAUAUCAAUAAGUGGUCAUAGAAUAAGUCAAAUAACCAAGUUUUGGGAUAGAACCUUAUCAUUCAAAGGUGGCGAUUUAUUAAUAAAUCAUAAUUUUCAUCCUUAUUUUCAUACUUGAAAUCAAGCAGCGUUAGCUUGUGCAGUAACAAAAGUAAACUGCUGUGAUUAAACAGAUUUUAUUGAAUCAUUAAAAAUGCACUCGGUGUGUUUUAAUAGUUAAGAUAUCUAUGAUAAAGCCAUAUUUAAUAAUAGUCGAUAAAUCUGGGGCAACAAAUCUGCUUCAAUAAAAAUUUGUGACCUGUUGAAUCUCCCAGUUUCAAGUCAAAGGAUCGUACACCAAAUUACUCUUCAAUAAAAAAUAAACAUUAGCAGUUUGAAAAUGAUACAUGUUUAUUAAGAACAGUUAGAUUUGUCCAUCUCAUGACCCCUUUAAACAUAAUUCAGAAAAUAUCUGUUUGAUAUAUACAUUCAUUAAAGCAAUUUAUUUUUACUAGUCUAUUGUAUGAAGGUGGAUGAUAUAUUGAACUUGUAUAUCAUUAACAAGAAUUAGGCCAAUACUAGUUGGCGGCUAUAUUAGCUAGUUUGAAUCUCGCUACUUUUUUGUUUUCUUUCCUUCAUGCCUUUUUGUUUGUUAAACGUAUUGUAACUGUGUUCAGAAGAGGGUGAUCAUUUUCCCACUGACAAACUGAUUGGUGGUGUUGUUGUUCAAUAUAAUAUAUUGUUGUUAGCAAAACUAAAUGGGGCUUUUGUCAGCUAGCGGUUUAGUUAUUUAUCACAUGAGUGAUAUGACCACUGGUAAUCACAGCCUUGCAGUCGCUGCUGUUCUAAAUUUGCAAGUAUGAUCAGUGUUUUUUAAGAAUUGAAAAUGAUUAAAUGACUCAAUUAAACAGAUCAUCACAUGAUCAAUCACAUUCAGUUACCAGAUAUUGCAAAAAGCAUAGUGGUAAGCAUGGAUAUCAGUAUCGGGCAAAAUGUCCACAUUAUUGUUACCCGAUAAUCAAUAAAUAGGCAGAUACACAAAUCUUUAUAUGAAUUAUUCUGAACCUGAUUAGAUAAUACGCAAACACAUACAGUGGGCAACUGUUAUAAUAUUUGCAAACUUUAAAACCUUAUACAUCUACAUUUUUCUAAUAACAGUAACAUUAAAAAUAAGCAAAUAUCGGCCAAUACAGGUAUGGUCACCGAUGGGUCACUAGUAAAAAGUUGCUUAUUUAUUACCUGAUAAUCAUAAUUGGAACCAAAAGUAUAAUUUGACAGCAGUUCAUCAUGUUGUGCCAGACAGAAUCUGUGGACAAUUUUUUUGCUAUUUUUACGGAGAAGAUUUAUGCUGAAUGAUUUUGGGAGUAUUGUAACUCAACUUAGAACUAGAAAUAAAAAAUAAUGACUUUAAAAUUAAUUAAACUUUAAGGCUUACAGUGCAAAUUCCUUUAGAUCCAUUUGUUUGGUAAACAAAGCAAAUCUUUCAUAUAAUAUACACUCACUGGCCACAUUAUUAGGUACACCUUGCUUGUACCAGGUUGGACCCCCUUUUGCCUUCAGAACUGCCUUAAUCCUUCAUGGCAUAGAUUCAACAAGGUACUGGAAAUAUUCCUCAGAGAUUUUGUCUGUUUCGCAGUUGCUGCAGAUUUGUCAGCUGCACAUCCAUGAUGCGAAUCUACCAUUCCACCACAUCCCAAAUGUGCUCUAUUGGAUUGAGAUCUGGUGACUUUUGGAGGCCAAUUGAGUACAACGAUUCACUCCUUAUGACAUGGCAUGUUAUCCUGCUGGAAGUAGCCAUCAGAAGAUGGGUACACUGUGGUCAUAAAGGGAUGGACAUGAUCAGCAACAAUACUUGAGUAGACUGUGGCUUUGACACGAUGCUCAGUUGGUACUAAUGGGCCCAAAGUGUGCCAAGAAAAUAUGCCCCACACCAUUACACCACUAGCAGUGGUGAAUACCUCGGUGGUAACGAGUGGUUAUUUGAGUUACUAUUGCCUUACUAUCAGCUGGAGCCAGUCUUGCUAUUCUCCUCUGACCUCUGGCAUCAGCAAGGCAUUUGUGCCCACAGAACUGCUGCUUCCUGGAUAUUUUCUCUUUUUUGCACCCAUCUCUGUAAGCCCUAGAAAUGGUUGUGCUUUAAGAUCCUAGUACAUCAGCAGUUUCUGAAAUACUCCGACCAGCCUGUCUGUCACCAACAACCAUGUUCAAAGUCACUUAAAUCACCUUUCUUCCCUAUUCUGAUGCUCUGUUUGAACUGCAGCAGAUCAUCUUGAUCAUGUCUACAUGCCUAAAUGCAAUGAGUUGCUGCCAUGUGAUUGGCUGAUUAUAAAUUUGUGUUAACGAGCAGUUGGACAGGUGUACCUAAUAAAGUGGCGGGUAUGUGUAUCUACUAAAAGACAGAAAAUAUUAUUUUACAAACUGUAUUGUAAAUAAAUCAUAGAAACAUUCGCAUAUUAGUUAAAACAAUAACUAAAAUGAAUGUAUUUAUAUUUACUUAUAUUAAUACUCGGUGGAAAAAAAGUGCAUAGCCUAUGAGUAAAUUCCUUUCAUAAGUGUCUCAAAUGUUUUCUGGCAUUUUUGCAGGUUAGGAUGCUUUCAGAGCAUUGAAAAUUGACUCAACUUAAAAUUGUAAGGCAACUUAUGCAGAGCUUUUUUGAAUUGACUCAACUUUUAACCUAAGUACUGCACUUGACUCAAUUUAAGUUGCAUCAACUAUACCUCUGCAGCCAAACAAAGAGCAAAAAAAGGCCUUCAACUGUUCAAUUGUUUUGAAAUAAAAUUAUAUUUCAAAACAUGAUAUCAAGUCAAAUAACAUACUUUAAUAGUAAUUUAUUAUAUUUAUAUUUGGGAAAAAAAUAUACAAUUGUGUUUGUGUUUUGCCACUGAUUACAUCAGAUUCAGAAACUGAGAAAAAGAAAAAGUGAGUUACAUGCAAAAAGAACUAAUAAAAUUAACAAAAAGCAUUCCACCUUUUCACGGCAGUAGUCAACAUUUGAGGGUGGCACAGAGGUUCAGUGGUUAGCACUGUCCCCUCACAGCAAGAAGGUCACUGGUUCGAGUCACGGCUGCAUGAGCCAGUUGGCAUUUCUGUGUGGAGUUUGCAUGUUCUCCCUGUGUUCGCGUGGGUUUCCUCCAGGUGCUCCGGUUUCCCCCGUAGUCCAAAGACAUGUGCUAUAGGUGAAUUGAAUAAGCUAAAUUGGCCGUAGUGUAUGUAUGUAUGUGUGUGUGAAUGUGAGAGUGUAUGGGUGUUUCCCAGUACUGGGUUGCAGCUGGAAGGCCAUCCGCUGUGUAAAACAUAUUCUGGAUAAGUUGGCAGUGUUGUUCCCUGAUGAACAAAGGCACUAAGCCGAAGGAACAUGAAUAGUCAACAUUUGAACACUGUUGUAUUGUUUUAGAACAACAAUUUAAUCCACUUUCAAAUGUUGACUAUAUUAUUUCCUGCCUGUUUUGUUUAGUUCACAUGCUUUCUAAAUGAGGUUGUAGGCUUGAUACUUCCAUUCCCAAGUAAUGUUCACUGUUAGGAUGCCAUUUGUAUUUUGUUGUCAAUUAAUCAUCAGCUUAUUUUUCAUGAACGUAUCCAUUUUAAGCUUUUAUACCCCCCACCACUUACUCCCAUAGAUUAUUAUGGGUCAACGUUACAUUUUGUUGUCUGUGGAAGGCCUGAGAGCUCUCAGAUUUCACCUCAAAUAUCUUAAGUUGUAAUUAGAAGAUGAACAAAGAUCUUUCAGGUUUGAAACAACAUGGGGGUGAGCGAUUUAAAGAGCCCCUAUUAUACAUAAAAUAGGCUCAUACUUUGGUUGUAAGGGUCUCCAACAACAGUCUUAAUAUGCAUGCAAGGUCAAAAAACACUUUCAUUUCACCUAAUUAUCCCAGAGACUCCCAAAUGAAUCUUUCAGCGAUUCAUUUGUUCCCAAACCCCUCCUUAGUGCAAAGCUAAUCUGCGCUGAUUGGACCGAUGACAGCAUGUUGCGAUUUAUCGACAGCGCUCAGUGCGAGACCGAGUGAAAUGCACUCCUUAUCAACAAUAUUGAAGUAGUCAGAGUGCAUAGUGUAUGUGUGAGCAUACCUGCCAACACUCCUGUUUUUCCCGGGAGUCUCACAUAUUUCAGACCCAUUUCCAGCCACCCACCCAUUUGUUAUUUAUUCCGGAAAACUCCCGUAAUUUCUCAGCAUUGGUCCUCAGCAUUUUGGUACGGUCGAUGGAACCCAACUGUGGUCGCCAACAUUGGUAUAGGAUCCGAUCGCAGCGGCCGCCCAAAACACGCGUCAUAGUAGUUACUAACACCAUAGAACUCAGUACCCGGUUCAACAGUGUUAUCAGGGCUGGCGCAUUCAUAGAGGCGACCUAGUUGGCCGCCAUGGGUCCUUACUUUCAUCCACGACACCCACCCCCUCCCUCCCGAUCCUCACUUUCAUCCGCGAACUGGUCACUUUCUUUUUCACUUUUGGGUUGAUGGCAACGUGAUCGCCGUUCGCCUAGAGUGUCAGUUCAGCUUGCUCCAGCCCUGAGUGUUAUUCAGACACCUCACCCCGAACCUAACCCCCUGGUCUCCUGGAUUUUCAGGGAUAGAUAUGGCAGGUAUGUGUGUGCAUUUAAACACCAGCAUAUUGCUCUAGUCUUAAGCAUGACACACAUUCAGUAUUAAUCCACACAGCGGCAAAAGCUGAACUAUUUUGAAACUUGACCGCUGCACAUGUGUAGGAUCAGCUGACGGUGGCCAUAGCAACGACAAACGGCUGGGGAAAACGAGCUCACAAACGCAUUUAAGUCCGUAAACAAAGCGGCACGUGUCACGUUUUAACGUGGCAUUAAGACAUGAGAAUAUAUAGAGUUAACCAGAUACAGUACAAGCGGUUACAAGUAACAGAACACAGUUAAAUACAUAAUUUGGCAACCAUUUUAAUCGCACUUACUUGUGAAAUGGAGGAAGAAACUGAUCUAUGAUCCACUGAUCCAUGUACUGAAAGUCCUUUUAACAAACGGCUGAUGAAUUCUUCAUUUUAAGCGUGUGUAUUCCAGAAGCACUCGAACAGCAGAAGGCUGGGCUAUAAUGCUGAGGUAUUUUUGCAAAAAUAAACCUCAACCACUGACUCUUCACAGUUUCAUCUUUGGGUAGAGAAAAUAGCACUAACUUUCCCCUCACACUUCCAGUAAUAUCCAGUUGAGCACAGCGUUGAUUCAACCGUCGUCUGCUAUUGUGCAUUUCUAGCCUCUUUUUCUUUGUGUACUGUGCUUGUGGGCGGGACCGCAGGUUUCAAAUUUCCCGGGUUUGCGCGCGCAACAACUGGGUGGGGCUUAAGUUUCAUAUCCACGUCACGGCGAAAUGGCUAAAGACUCGUUAUCAAGACGAUUCAUUCUACUAGGAGUCGACUCUUAUAUAAAUGAAUCAAUAGUUUUAUACACUGUCAACUUUCAGAUUUAAGCCUUAGCUGGAUACUUCACUUAGAGCUGUGUUUCUACACGGAAGGUCAUUCUCAAAAACCCAUAAUGGGGGCUCUUUAAAGGGACAGUUCACCCAAAAAUUAACAUUUACUCACUGUUUACUUGCCCUCAUAUAAUUAUAGUUCUUUGUCUAUUGAACACAAAAGAUAUUUUGAACAAUGCUGAAAACCUGUAAUCACUGACUUCUUUAAAAGGAAAGUACUAUAGAAUUUUAUGGUUACAGGUUUUCAGCAUUCUUCAAAAUAUCUUAUUGUUUAAUAGAAGAAAGGUUUUAAACUCGGUGAGCAAAUUAUGACAGGAUGUUUAUUUUUGAAUGAACUAUCCCAUUUAAAACAGUUUGGUCAUCCUCAAUGCCUUCAUUAGACAGGAUUUAAUAGAUGAUUCAUUAAAAAGCUCUUCUUCCCUUAAAGAUACAGGCGAGCUUGUCUGUGUACUUAUCGAACACUGCUCUUUUUGUCCCGGAAGCAUCAGAUUACGCACAACACAAUCAAAUGAAUUAUUUAGAUUUGCUCAAUACUUGUUACUGAAGAAUCAAGAAUGAGGCUAAAGAUACAAUAAAAGCACUUUUAUUAUUAUUGACUAUAACGUCAAACCAGCUGAAAGGUGCAUAUUUUCUACUGUAUUUAUUACUUGUUGUAUCUUUAAUUAUUUUCUCUGUUCAAAAUUUAAAGACAAGUGUUACAUUUUAUUUUGGAAGGCUUUUUAGAAAUAUACAGAACUCAAGUUUACUGUAAUAAUACAUUCAUUCUAAAUAGAGUCCUGAGGUUUUAAGAGGAUAGUUCACCCAAAAUGAACGUUAAUUCACUGUGGUUUUAAACCUUUAUGAUUUGUCUUUCUUUGGUUCUACACAAAAGUCUCAUUGUAGGAAUAAAAAAAUACUAUGAAAGUCAAUGCGUUCCAUGAACUAGCAUUCUUCAGAAUAUCUUCUUUUGUGUUCAACAGAAGAAAGAAGCUUAAAUGGGUUUUGAACAAGCGAAGAGUGAGUAAAUGUUGAUUAAGAUUUCAUUUUUAGGUGAACUAUCCCCAAACUUUUAAUGUGUAUUUGUACAGCAAUAACAGGAUUGUUUUUUGGACGGUUGAAAUGAUCCAUGAAUGUGCCAACAUUAUAAAAAUGUGCUUCGAUUUCUGUUAAUAUUUUGUUGGGACCAAAACAUGAUGGCGUGAGCAUUUUGUAUGUAUGAACCAUAUCAAUGUUUAUUUAUGUUGUUGAAUUUGGUCUAAUGGAGAAGGUGCACUAUCAGAUGUAGUACUGCUCUUUUCUUCUAACAAUGGUUUUGUAGCUUUAUUUUUCUGUUGAAAUUCAAUAAAGGAUAUAUAUAUAUCUAUAU